GACGUCAUUUCAACCAAACUUGAGAAAGCAAUUGAAGAUUCUAGGAUUUCUAUUAUUGUUUUCUCAAAAAGCUAUGCAUCGUCUAGUUGGUGUCUUGAUGAACUCGUCAAAAUUCUUGAAUGUAAAGAGCAGUUAAAGCAGACAGUUUUGCCAAUUUUCUAUGAUGUUGAUCCUUCUCACGUGCGAAAGCAAACUGGGGAAUUCGGUAAAGCUUUUGUUAUGCUCAAGGAACGAUCAUUCACAGAUGAAAGAGUGGAGAAAUGGAGAGCUGCAUUAACUGAAGCUGCAAAGUUAUCUGGAUGGGAUUCGCAACAUGUUGCUGGCGGGCAUGAAUCAAAAUGUAUUGAAAGCAUUAUAAAACAAGUUCUGCAAGAGGUCAACCAGACACCUCUAGAUGUUGCUAGUUAUCCAGUUGGAUUAGAUUCUCGUAUCGAACAUAUAGAGUUGUUACUGCAAAGUGGAUGUGAAGAUGAAGUUCGCAUGGUUGGUAUAUAUGGCGUUGGUGGAAUUGGAAAAACAACUUUGGCAAAAGCCGUCUUCAAUCGACUAUUUCAACAGUUCGAUAGUAGUUGCUUCCUUUCAGAUAUUGGAUCAAAAGUUGAAGAAUUGGGUCUAGUUAAGGUACAAGAGAAAUUACUACAUCAAAUCCUUAAAAGGAUGGACUUCGAAGUUGGCAGUGUUGCUGAAGGUGUUAAUCUAAUCAAAGCAAGACUUGGAUCGAAAAAGGUUCUAAUUGUUCUUGAUGAUGUCGAUCAUAAAAGUCAAUUAGAAUCGUUAGCAAGAGAACGAAGUUGGUUUGGUUCUGGAAGUUUAAUAAUUAUUACAACCCGAAACAAACAAUUGCUAAGUGGGCUUGGAGCAAAUGAAAGGUAUGAGACCAAGAUUUUAAAUUACAAUGAAGCUAUGCAACUUUUCAGCUGGCAUGCUUUACAAACUCCUUUUCCACCACAUGAUUAUGUUAAUUUGGCACAAGACAUAAUCGAAUAUUCAGGUGGGCUGCCAUUAGCUCUUGUGACAUUGGGUUCACGUUUGCAAGGGAGAUCCAUAGAAGAAUGGAGAUACGAAGCCAAUAAACUAAGAGGGGCUCAAGAAAGAGCAAUUCCUCAUCGUGAUAUUCAAAAGAUUCUCCAGACUAUAGGCUUGAUCGUGAUACUCAAAGUCGUCUUUUCCUUGAUCAUGAUGUUCGGAGUGUAUUUCCUUUUUCUCAAAUUCUUUUCCUUCGUAUCAUCGAGUAUGCCUUCCAUGGAUUUCCCCCAGAGGCAGAGCCAGCCUAGUAAUUGGAGGUUCGUUCGAACCCACUACAACUGAAAUUAUAUUAUUAAUACAUUAUUAAAAUGAUUUUUAUGUAUAUAUUGUAAAUGUUGAACCCCUUCGGUGAGUGUUUCUUCAGAUUUUGAACCCCCUCAGCAGAAAUCCCGGCUCUGCAUGAUUUCCCCCUACAUUUACGACAACUUGUUCUAUCAACACAAAUUAAACUGAAGGAGUAUGUGCGGUUAAACUUUUCUAUAGUAGCAAUGUUUGUCCGAAAAUUUCAUGGCUACUAUAGAGAGAUGUUGUUAUAUAUAUAUACAUACUUACAUUUGAGGUGUU